CGAACUUUUGCUGUUGCUUCUCCCCCUCUACCCUCCGCCCGCGACCAACCCUGCGAUCGUCUGUCCUCCAUUCAGGUUGAUCCUCGAAAGGAUUCUCUUGCUCUGUGUCAUCUACAAUGGCUGGAACUGACGCUCUUCGCGCCCUCCUGCGGCUCACUCGCAGCUCGGGGGGUCUGCUCUCCGGGGCUGAGACAACCACGCAACGAUGCCUGACCAAGUCUCUGUCCCGCUCCAUGGCCACCGAGGCCACCGAGGCCACCGCCCCCAUUGACCACCUGACGCGGGAGGUCCCCAAGCCCGUAUGGAACCCCGAGCCCGUCAAGGCCACCACCUACUCGUUCCCUUCGAUGGAACCCCUGCGCUUCGUCGAAUACCCCCGCAACCACCUGUCCAUGGCCCUCCGCAAAGACAUCCUGCACCGCGCCGUCAUCUACGAGGGUGACGCGACCCGACAAGGUACCGCCAGCACCAAGUGGAGGAAAGAUGUGUACGGCAGCAACAAGAAGCUGUUCGCCCAGAAGGGUACCGGUAGAGCGCGUGCCGGUGACAAGAAGUCCCCCAUCCGGAAGGGCGGAGGUGUCGCCUUCGGUCCUCAUCCGCGGGACUUCUCGACGGACCUGCCCCGGAAGAUCUACGACCAGGCCUGGCGGAUAGCCCUCAGUUACCGCUACAAGCGGGGCCAGCUCAUCAUCAUCGACAACGAGAUGGCGCUGCCGGAGGACGCCACCCCCUAUCUGGUCCAGCAGAUCUUCAAGACCAACUGCUGGGGUCGGGAGUUCGGCCGGUCGACGUUGAUCACGGACCAGGUGAACGAUAACCUCUUCAGUCUGGUGCGCGAGGUGGGCGAGCAUGCGAAGAUCCUGGACCGCCGCGACGUGGAUGUCAAGGAUCUGCUGGAGACGGGCCGUCUGGUCAUCGAGAAGCAGGCGUUGGAUAGCAUUCUGGCCCAACAUUCGAGGGACUUGCAGAACGAGCCCAGGCGGGCCUUGUAUUGAAUUGCAGUUUAGGUUGGCGAUGGGGAUUUUUCUUUGUGUUUGUUUGUUCGGUAUGGGUGUGAUUUUGCUUUCUAACCGAGACAUGGUUUCUCUGAUUGUACAAAUAGAAUUGAGCAAUGUGUAUGAUGGGUCCUAAAUCUGUUCGUUUCGAAUUGUA